AUGUUAAAAUCUAUUAAUGGUAGUGAAUAUUAUAAUACCUCAACAGCUAUCUUUUUUAAUGUUGGUGGCUUAUCAUUUAGAUGUCGAUUAACAACACUUUUAACAAAAAAACCUAAAGGUCGUUUAGGAAUUUUUGCAUCAUAUAAUCAUGAGGAACGUCUUAAAUUUUGUGAUGGUUAUAUUAUAUCAACAAAUGAAUAUUAUUUUGAAAGGUCUGCAAAAUUAUUUGAUAUUAUUUAUAAAUAUUAUGUUCAAGGUACUUUACAUAAACCAUUAGAUUUAUGUGAAGAAGAAUUUAUAUCAGAAUUAGAAUAUUGGGAAAUACCAUUUACAGAGAUAGAUGGAUGUUGCUAUAAUUUAUUAAAAAUAAAUAGUACUUAUCAUUUUAAUGAACCAAAUAAAACAGAAAUAGAUAAAGAAAUUUAUGAAAAAAAUGAAAAUAAUAUUACAUUUAAACAAAAAAUACGAGAAAUAUGUGAAGGUGAUGGAUCGUAUAUUUCAAUAACAUUCAUUUUUAUAAGUAUAUUAUUUGUUAUGGCUUCUGUUUUAUCUUUAAUUCUAGGAUCUGUUAGAGAAUUACAAGUACCAAUGAUUCUAUUAAAUAAAAGUGAAAUACAAAUACCAUAUGAUGAUAUAAAAAAAUUUAAAAAUGUAUAUUGGGAACCACAUCCAUUUUUUAUAAUUACAGAAAAUAUAUGUAUUUUUUGGUUUACUUUUGAAUAUCUUCUUCGUUUUAUUGUUGCUGAUAAUAGAAUUCAUUUUAUGUCAAAUAUAUUGAAUUUUGUUGAUCUUAUUUCAAUAUUUCCAUUUUAUUUAGAACUUUCUUUAUCAUUACUUGAUUUUGAUGUUUCUAAUUUUACAGAUAUAAAAGGUGCAUUUUUAAUUGUUCGUAUUAUGCGUGUUUUACGUGUUGUAAGAAUUCUAAAAUUAGGAAGAUACUCUUCAGGUAUGAGAACAUUUGCUCUUACAUUAAAAUCUAGUGCAAAACAACUUGGAAUGAUGGGAAUGGUUUUAACAACUGCUGUAAUUUUUUUUAGUACACUGGUAUAUUUUGUUGAAAAGGAUGAAUUAAAUACACCAUUUACUUCUAUUCCAGCAGCUUUUUGGUGGUCUAUAGUUUCACUAACCACAGUUGGAUAUGGAGAUGUUAUACCAGUAACAGUAGCUGGGAAACUUAUUGCUAGUGGAGCUAUAAUUAGUGGAGUUCUUGUUUUAGCAUUACCAAUAACAAUAAUAGUUGAUAAUUUUAUGAAAGUAACUUCUGAUAUUUCACCUAGUCUUUUAUAUGGUUCAAAUCAAUAUACAUCAACAAUUAGUUACACUCCUGGAUUUAAAUGUAAUGAAAGAAAAGAGCCUAAAGAAGAAAAAUAA